GCACAGCAGCUCGAUAGUUAUACUACCCAAACAAAAUUUAUUGAUUUAUGUACAACAAUUUUAAAAAGCAACUUUUUGGACAACAACUUAACAACCUGCUUUACCGACAGCUGCAGCCGUCCCAAACGAAGCCUCAGAGAAGUUUUUCACUUUUUCUUCUCUAGCCUCUUGGGGAAGUUUCUCUUCUCUAGCCUCUCGGAUUUUAGCUAGUUUUGCUUUUUUUUUCUUUUUUGGGUUUCAUGGCGUCUAACUGGCUUCGUGACCCGAGUUUUUUGAAUGGAGCCUCUCCAGCUCUUUCAUUUAAAGAUACCUUGUCUAGGGCUUCUUCUUCUUCGGUUCAUAUUCUUGAUUUGCAGAUUUCUUCUCAUCGUCGGUUACCGACGUUGUUGAUUUCGGAGGAGGAAAUAUCCUCGCUUGCUGUUCCGUUUGAAUUUGCUUUGGUAGAUAAAUUUCCCGACAAGCGUCCUUCAAUUGAUGACAUUCGAAAGUUUUUCUUCAUUUUAAAACUCAUUGGUGAUUGCUCGGUCACUGUUCUUAACCAUAGGAAUGUUUUGCUUAAGCUUGUCAAUAAUUUUGAUUACUGUAGAAUCUUCUUCCACCGUUCUUAUUUUGUGAAUAACUGUUAUAUGAAAGUGGUUAAAUGGUCCCCAUAUUUUAAUGUCGAGGUUGACUCCCCGGUGGUGCCCAUAUGGAUUUCGUUUCCCUUUCUUAGGCCCCAUCUUUUCACGCUUCGGAUUCUUGUUGUUUUGGGUUCUCUGUUUGGCCGAACUCUCAAAUCGGACACUGCUAAUGUUUAUGGUUCCCAUCCUUCGGUUGCUCGUAUCUUGGUUGAAUUUGAUAUCACCAAGAAAUUCCCUGAUAAAAUUUGGGUGGGUUCUCCUAAUUUCGUAUAUAUCAGUCGGUGAUUUUUGAUGAUAUUCCCCAUUUUUUAUGCAUUGUAGUUUCUUAGAACAUUUGAAAGAGGGUUGCCAUAUUUUGCAUCCUCAGCUUAAUUUUGUAACUAAAUCCGUUCUUUUUUCUUCUUCUGCUCCGUGUGCGUUGCAUGGGGUGGAUCUGGUUAAUUCAUGUCAUGUUGUGCAUGUGGCGGAUGAAUGUGAUGGUGUUAAUGCCCAGGUGGCUCCUAUUUCAUGUCCUGUUGUGCAUGUGGCGGAGGAAAGUGUUGGUGUUAGUGCCCAGGUGACUCCUGCUUUAGGCUGUCACAACCUUUCGGGUGGGAAGUGAGGUGUAUUUGAGGGAUUCUAUUUCUCCUUUGGUUCCUGAUCUUUCUGGUCCUCCAAUUGGUGAGGCUCGAGAUAAAAAUUGUGGUAUUAAUCUUAAGGCUAGCUUCUCUUGUGUGGAUCCUGUGCCAAGCCCGAUAGAUUUAUCUAGAGAUGUUAAUUUCAGGGUUUUGCCUGCUGACCCUGUGUUGGCUAAUUAUGGCGUCUCUACAAUUAAUUCUUUGGUCCGCACGAAUGUGGUUUCUCCUGUUAACAAUGGUAGUUAGGGAUGUUCUGAAUGCGAAGAAGUUGUGCCUAUCAAGCUUCUUGACCUUAGUCGUUCUAAUAGUGGUAUUAGGCGUAGAAAUAAAGGUAAAAAGAAAUAGACUAUGGUUCUUUCAUAUUUGCUCUUCGACGUUGUUUUCUGAAGGCUCUGUGGACAAUGAUGAGGAAGCUCGCAGCUUCCCCUUGUUGGCUCAGCUGGUUGGUAACCGAGGUGAUUUGGACCUUGACUUGGAUUGCUUGGGUGCUUGGAUUUUGUGCGGUUGUCACCUUUGGAUGGUCCGUGGUUGGGCGAAAGAUUGGUGCAAGGGACUUCCAUUCCUGAGUCCGAUUAUUAUUCUUGUCAAUCUCAUUGUAUUGCC